AUGAACUAUAACAAUAGUAGCAACUCGAAUACCAAGCGUUAAAAUAAGAAGAAUAAAGCUUUGAAGAAAUACAAUAUCUUAGGUUAAGAUGACAAACAGCAGAUUUUAGAGAGCUUACAAAAAGACUCUUCUCUUGAGAUGUAUUAAAUCUUAAGUGAGAAAUACAACACUUCAAUUAAAAACUUAAGAAGGUGGUAUCAAGAUGGAAUAGCUCGUAAACCUGGAUGUGGAAGAAAGAAACUCAAUACUAAGGCUGAAGAGGAACUAAGAUAAUGGAUCAUAAAAGAGAGUGUGGAAUUGAGAAGGAGAGUUAGGAGAUCUUAGUUAAAAUAGAAAGCUAUUGAAUUAUUUAAUAUUCCCAACUUUAAGGCUAGUAAAGCUUGGCAGGAUGAAUUUAUCAGAAAUUUUGAUAUCAAAUAUUAGGUUAAUGAAAUAAUUGUAGAAAGUAAAAUUUGAAGAGCAAAGAAGGAAGAGGCAACAAUAAGUUUAAUCAGUUGAUUAGAAAUCAGAAAAGUAGGAAUAACUUUAAUAAAUCUUUUCAUAACAAGCAACGGAAAUACCGCAAUCAAAAUUAGAAGUAUUAAAUAUACAACCAAAAGUUUCAGAUUUCAAAUUGGAAGAUUGGUCUUUUGAGAAAUAAGAAGACAUUAAAGAUUACUUGUCUGAAAUCUUUUCUCCAAAAUUAGAGUUUUUCAAUGAUGAAAAGUCAAAUUAGUAUUAUCUUCCCUUCUGGAAUUAACUAAUCCAAUAUAAAGAAUUCUAGACAUCUAAUAUUUUUAUCAUCAUAUAAUUAUUUAAGUAUUAUUAUUAAAUAUAUAUAACAACCAAUUAAAUGGAGAGGGAUUGUAAAUAUAAGAAAUUUCUUCUUAGUUUUUAAGUAAUCAGCUUCCAACUUUUGUUAAAAUCCUAACAUAAAGAAUCCUGACUAAUUUCCAUAAGUAAUGGAGCAAUUCGAUAGAGAGUAUUUCAUAAAACUCAUUAAUAGUGUUUGCUAGAACCUUGGUUAGGCUUAUCCACAGGUCCCAAAAUAUUAGUAAUAACAAUUGAAUAUUCCACAACAAAAUUCCUUGCUUGAUCAUUUUUCUCGUUAAACUCUGUUUGCAGAUUAAGGGUACUGAUUGCAUUAUAAAUUAGAUAAUUGUUCUAAUACUCAUAGACACUGGAAAAUGCUAGGAGCUAAUAAGAAAAUAGUAAACCUAUUUAACAAAAGCAUUUAUUGAUGGAUCAUAUGUUGGGCAAUCNUAACAAUAGUAGCAACUCGAAUACCAAGCGUUAAAAUAAGAAGAAUAAAGCUUUGAAGAAAUACAAUAUCUUAGGUUAAGAUGACAAACAGCAGAUUUUAGAGAGCUUACAAAAAGACUCUUCUCUUGAGAUGUAUUAAAUCUUAAGUGAGAAAUACAACACUUCAAUUAAAAACUUAAGAAGGUGGUAUCAAGAUGGAAUAGCUCGUAAACCUGGAUGUGGAAGAAAGAAACUCAAUACUAAGGCUGAAGAGGAACUAAGAUAAUGGAUCAUAAAAGAGAGUGUGGAAUUGAGAAGGAGAGUUAGGAGAUCUUAGUUAAAAUAGAAAGCUAUUGAAUUAUUUAAUAUUCCCAACUUUAAGGCUAGUAAAGCUUGGCAGGAUGAAUUUAUCAGAAAUUUUGAUAUCAAAUAUUAGGUUAAUGAAAUAAUUGUAGAAAGUAAAAUUUGAAGAGCAAAGAAGGAAGAGGCAACAAUAAGUUUAAUCAGUUGAUUAGAAAUCAGAAAAGUAGGAAUAACUUUAAUAAAUCUUUUCAUAACAAGCAACGGAAAUACCGCAAUCAAAAUUAGAAGUAUUAAAUAUACAACCAAAAGUUUCAGAUUUCAAAUUGGAAGAUUGGUCUUUUGAGAAAUAAGAAGACAUUAAAGAUUACUUGUCUGAAAUCUUUUCUCCAAAAUUAGAGUUUUUCAAUGAUGAAAAGUCAAAUUAGUAUUAUCUUCCCUUCUGGAAUUAACUAAUCCAAUAUAAAGAAUUCUAGACAUCUAAUAUUUUUAUCAUCAUAUAAUUAUUUAAGUAUUAUUAUUAAAUAUAUAUAACAACCAAUUAAAUGGAGAGGGAUUGUAAAUAUAAGAAAUUUCUUCUUAGUUUUUAAGUAAUCAGCUUCCAACUUUUGUUAAAAUCCUAACAUAAAGAAUCCUGACUAAUUUCCAUAAGUAAUGGAGCAAUUCGAUAGAGAGUAUUUCAUAAAACUCAUUAAUAGUGUUUGCUAGAACCUUGGUUAGGCUUAUCCACAGGUCCCAAAAUAUUAGUAAUAACAAUUGAAUAUUCCACAACAAAAUUCCUUGCUUGAUCAUUUUUCUCGUUAAACUCUGUUUGCAGAUUAAGGGUACUGAUUGCAUUAUAAAUUAGAUAAUUGUUCUAAUACUCAUAGACACUGGAAAAUGCUAGGAGCUAAUAAGAAAAUAGUAAACCUAUUUAACAAAAGCAUUUAUUGAUGGAUCAUAUGUUGGGCAAUCAAUUUGUGCCUGCUCCUAAUAAUUAUCUAGACUUUAAUGUGAAUUCAAACUAGUUAGGUUAAAUUAUUAAGUAGCCAACAUAUUUCAAAGACCCUCACGAUGUAAGCGAAUUCUAAAAGAGAUAAAUUCAAUAUCUCUAAGCAAUAAAUGAUCCUGCCCCUCCUGAUUAAGUUAAACUAUUCAAAUAAAACAUUCAGCAAUUAGGGGGCAUAGAGGAUACAAUUGGGAGUAAAUGCUAAUUUAAUACUAGACAUGCAAUAAACAUUAAACUAAUACGAAAUUAAACAUUUGAACAAUAAGAAUAUCAAAUAUUAUCCAUUAUCUUCUCCUCCAUUGACUUAAGAAUAAAUAGAAUAUCAAAAGACAAUGUCCAGUACGAAUUUAAGUCUAAUUAUUAGGUAAUCCUCAUCCAUUUCUAUACAAUCCAGCAGAGGAUAAGGAGAGGUUUGUUUAUGGGCCAUUGAAACCAGCCUAAAAUAUAUAUGAAUAAUAAUAGACUCACUAAUCCUAGUUUUAUUGUAUCUAUUCAUAUUUAAAAAGAAACUUUGCGUUAAUAAUACAAUUAAGAUUUGAAUUAGAUGCAAGAAAGAACUCAACCUUUAUAAUAAUAAGAUUAGGGUUACUAAUAAUAACAUCCUUACUAAUAGUAGAAUCCUUAAUCUUACUAUUUUGAUUCAAUUGAGCAAUCAAAAAGAUUGAGAAUGAUGAAAUAACAGCAAUUGUAAUAGAAACGUUGAGAUACACCUAAAUAAGAG